ACGGAGGCUAAUGAGGAUCUGCUCAUUAGGUCUGGAGAUCAUGAUGGGCCGAGAAGUGUUUCUGGGUCCAGAUCUGCCAAGAAGUCGGGUCAAGCUAGUAAGCAGCAAUCCCUGGCAAGGAAGGAAGAUAAGAAGGCGAAGUCUGAAAGCAGAAAGCGAAAACCAAACGAGGCCGUUGCUAAGGAUGAAAAGAACGGGAAAGAGACGACCAAGAAACCGGAGAAACGGCUAACCGACAAACAAACCUCGAUCAGGAUGAGCGUAGAGGAGGAGAGUAGGAGGGACGAGCAGAAGGCAGCGAUCGUCGAACAGGGGAGAGGGAUCGAGUGCGUGGACAAUUCGUCGAAGAGCGAGGAGAAAAAGGUUAAGAAGAUCGGUGGCAAGGACGCGAUCAACACGCUGGAGGAGGAAAUGAAACAGCGUAGAGCGGAGAGGGACAGCCCGAAGAAAUCGCUGAGAGGGUUGGACAAAUUGUUGGAGAAACGCGAGCAUCACGACAAACUGUCGAAGAGCAGGAACUCGGAGGUCGUGAAGAUGGAGAAGGUUGUUUGCGACGAGGGGAAGGAGGAGAAGGAGUCCUGCGACGAGGAGAACCGACAGAUGAAAGAGCUUGUGAAGAACGAGGAGCGCGAGAAUCAUGUCAACGAGUGCGACAUCGUUAUCGAGAAACCAAAGUCGGAGGAGCAGAUGGACGAUGAUGUGAUAAAGAAGGAUAUCGGCGACAUGAUGCCUCAGGUGGAGAGGAUCGCAAGCGGAAAGAGGAAGUCCGAUCGGAAUCAAACUCAAAAGAGUUUGGACGAAAAGACAACUGUCGAGCAACGAGGCAUCGAAUCGCCGCAGAAUCUCGAGUCGCAGCAGUUGAUUCUCGUGGAGGAGAACGUGGUGAAAGAGAGCGUGAAAGAUCAAGAGAACAUCAAGUCGGUUUUGGAGAGGGUCGAGUGCUCGGAGAAGGAACAUCAGAAACGACGAAAGUCUGGCAACAGGUCGAUCUUCUCGCCGCAGCACGCCAAGGACGCGAGUGUUUCGGAAUUGUUCGACUUUGAUCAGGACAUGCUGACGGAGGAGAUAGUGAACGAGGACGGAUUCGGUAUAUCGAGGGACGUGGAGGAACGCGGUGUACCGUUGAGCUUCUCGUUCAACAACGAGCUGUGGUUCAAAGAAGACUCGAAGGAGGACAGCGCUAGGGAAACGUUGCACCUCGUUGAGAAAUUGCGGAUGGAACUCUCGAAGAAAUCAAAUUCUAGUCAGUUCGAAUCAGAGGCAGUACCCGCUGAUGGCGAAAUUAAAAAGGAGGAACCACCGAUCGAGAAGAGUACGUACGAGCAACAGCAGCUCCCUCAGCAACUUCAACCGCAACAGUCACCUCAACUUCAACAACAACAACAACAACAACAACAACAAGAAAUUGCUCAAACUCAGUUGGAAAAAGAGGCAAAGAUUCUCGAGCCUAUCGUGGAACGUGAGAUUAUGAACGUGAAGAACGUUGAAAUUCACGAGGAAGAAGAGAAGAGGAAGGCUUGCUACUCGAGCGACAGGUACGCCGCAGCCUACGAGGAGGACCGCGAGGCGAACAAAGUGAGCUUGGUGGAGCGAUCGAAGCUCGAUCGGGCGGAGACGGACGAGAGAUGGGUGCCGCCGAGUAUCAACAGUUUCGAGCUCAGCGAUGUCCAACACCUGAACGCGUUGAUGGAGACGCAGAACCGUCGAUACGGCAAUCAUCAAUUCCCCAAUGAAACUAUCCCGGAGAACGAGCCUGCUAUCGCGCGUGCGCAUCUGAACGCGCCCAGCAGUAUACAGGAGCAGUAUCUGUUGCAGCAGUCGCAUUCGAUCCUGCACGGUCAGCAAGAAUCGCACGAGAGGACGAUGCUCGAUCAACCGUUAGCCGAAGAGAACCCCAUGGAAAUGGUGAACAGGCAUCUGAUCGGUUUGCCAGCCUCGGAGGAUGACCAGCAGGCUGCCGAGAUGAUGGACAGGGUGCUGGAGAAGGAGGACGACGUAGUCAGGCAGCAAGAGUACGAUCAAAAUUCCCCGUACAAUGACAUAAACGGUCGUCCCGACACCAGGUGGGCGGAAAGUCAGGUUCUGCCGUCUCGAAGGUCCACGUCCUCAUCGAUCACCUCCGCCUCGUCCGCGGAGGAUCACUCCAUUCCGCCGUACAAGAACGUGCCGAGCAUUCCCUUCCCACCGUGUUCCAUGGAGACAACGUAUUAUGCAGACUCCAGUUACGGGACUGGCCCAGUCAGCCUGUUCCCGCCCCAGUCCUGCGCAGCCCCUUUACCUUACCCGUCUCCCGGGCCGGCCCUUUUCCCACCGGCGUUCGGGGCAGCAUUCCCAGGCGCUCAAUCGUUGUUGCCGCACGUGAAGCCGCUGGAGGAUUCGCUGAAUCUACAAGCUUCGCCAUGCACCGCAGCGUUCACGUCUUCCUCGCACAACAUGGCACUCACCGCUGCCAUGGUCUCGCCUACUAAGAUAGUCACUCCACCUCCACCGCCUCCACCACCACCACCUCCGCAAGUCACCGUUCCACCCGUCGCGGAACCCAUAGAAAGGACGCAGCAACAGCAGCAGCAGCAACAACAACAAUUGCAAACGCAAGUGGCCGAUUCACCCUCCUCGUUGCCGAUCAACUUCUUAAACACCGUAGUAGCUGCAGAGAGUCACGCCAGCGACUCGACCGGUGGAACAGUCGUCGAGAACCUCCAGGAAGCGCUAACAGAUAACGGCAAGAGCCAGCAACAGCAUCAUCAUCAGCAGCAGCAACAGCAACCGCAGCAACAACAACAACAACAACAACAACAGCAUCCUGGGAAAAAGUCACCCUCGAAACCCACCAGGACCUCCGCUCGCGUGACGUCUCUGCAGGGAAAGUCACCGGGCAAAUCUCCGAGGCAGGAGGGCCAGAAGAACGUUGCCGGGGCGCGGGGACGCGGCAGGGGUGCCAAGAACUCGGCGCAACACUCCGGCUACAGGGGACGUGGACGGGGAAGGGGCAGAGGACGGGGUAGAAGCGGGCAAAGUUCCGGUCUCUCGUUGGUCGCGAGCGCGAGCGUCGUCGGGCAGCACGACGACUCCAUUCAGAACAAACUGGUCGGCACGGUGUACGACUUCGACUCGGACGAGGAUUCAACCAGCGAGGCGAACAUCGCCGACCUGCGCACCAUGAGGGAGCGGAAGAAGUCGACGGACGCUGCGGCAGCCGGCGGUGUCGAUAGGAGAGAUUCCGCGGGCAUCAUGGCUUCCGGGGAAAGCGUCCAGUCGAGGCUGUCCAGCCCUGGAGGCAGUAAGAGCAAGUACCUGGAGGACAGGCGAUUCUCACCGGGCCGCGGAGACGACUCGGUCGUCGUGGAGAGUCAGACGAACGCCGGAAGCUUCGACACCGUCCUACCCCUUAUCCCGGGCCCUGUCGACAUGAGAACCUACAACUCCACCCUCGACGCCUCGAGUUCCUCGACGUUGCACGGUCAGACGUACGAGAACCACUUCCUCGGGACGUUCACCAGCGUUUCGGCGAACGAUCCCGCCCUGCCGGACAUCGAGGAGGACCUCGAGAAGGAGCUGAGGUCCGCGCUGAUCAAGCAAGGGCAGGAGGACUGCUCGAAGCCGAAUUUCGACGCGAGCAUCGACGCCUCGUCUUCCGGCUUCGUGGACGCGAACAAGGUCUCCCUGACGGACUCGAGGAACCAGCUGAAGGUGAAGAUCAAGGGCCCGUUCCUGGACGCGAACUACGUCGCUACCUCGUCGGUGCCGCCGCUCGCGCAACAGGCGCCCGUGAUAAUCGCCCCGGCGGCUACCAGUGCUUCCAUCGCUUCCGGCACCUCGAAUCUCCGACGGAUGCGCAAGAAGGAGCUGCUCAGGCAGUACUGUUCCCAGGACAUGAACAUGGACGAGCCGGGCUGUGGUAACCUGGCCACGUCGGCGCCGAUCAUCAUGCCGCAGAUCAACCGGACGGUGAUAACGAUACCGAAAGCGGUCGCCUCGAUGACCAGUAUACCGACGAGGGAGGACUACAAGGCGGUCGUCGACGCGAACAUGGAGAAGAAACGAAGGAAAGAGAGAGGGACCGCCGGGUUCUUGGACGCCAACGAGGAGGAGAUUGGCGGUGGCGGUGGCGGUGGCGGCGGCGGCGGCGGCGUCGAGAGGAGGCGGGGCAGUGCUACGAACGGUGCUAGUUCCAGCGGUUCCAACGUUCCGAUCAAGAUCGGCAACAGCAUAAUCGGCGGGCAGGAGAGCGGCCAGGACGAUAGGACGAGGAUCAGGCCGCCGAAGAAACGAUUGAGCAGCAUUCCUAGCAGCACGCCGAGCAUCGAGGAACUCAGGCGAGAGAGCAUGAAGUUCAGGCGUAUGAUCAUGGCCGGUUUCGACAACGACGAGAAACUGCGAGGCAAGAGCAAGAAGGACAAGAACGGCAAACGAAAGAAACGACAGUCGAGCAAGAAGGAGGCCAGGGUCCGCAUACUGGAGGGUGGUACCGCGCCGCCGAAGCUGAUAAUAAGACUGUGCAAGGGUAGUAACGACUCGCCGGAGGAGCUGCCGAUCUUGCUCACCGACGAGGAAGAGGAGGAGGAAGAGGAACGACACCCGACCGACAGCAGAGUAGGCCCUCCGCCUCCGGAGCCGGCCAAGGACGAGCCUGUUUACCCGUCGGUGGCUGCCAACAUCGAGGAGAAACAGCCCACCGACCCGGACACUGGCGGCAGCGCGCCGAGGAACGUCCGUUCGGCGAAAGUCACGCCGAUUAGGUUAAAAUUGACCCGCUGCCAGGAGGGCUACGAGUUGAAAGGCCCGCCGGCGGACCACGGCGAGGAGUCCAGUUUAACGACGGAGAAACCCGAGCCGAGUCCCGACCUUACGAACGAGAUGAGAAACCCGGCGAUCAAUAAGGCCCAGCAAGAGGAGGAGGAGUCUUCUAGGGAGGAGGAAGACGAGGAAGAGGAGGAGGAGAACGGUAGUUCCGUUCAGCAGAGGGACUCCUCCGCGUGUCCUGCCGCGACGAGUAUACCGCAGGGAUGCCAAGUUAGG